GUAUAUACAGCAGCGCAACGUGGGCUAACAUGCGCACAGCGGUGGGAUAACCUUUCAGCCCAAACUGUGCGAAACAGUCGGUGUGACUUGUAGGGUUCCCGAGAGCCAAACCAGAGCUUAUUUUGUGGCCACAGACGAGAUCAAACGGCCCCUGUUUGAGAAAGGUGAAGUGUUGGGGUUUGUCCGCUCCUCGGCAUCUCCGAAUGCCCCAAUAUAUCCAUUUGCCAAUUCAACUUUUGACUUAAACUGCGCCAAAACGCCUCAAAAACCACCACACGCUCGACCGAGGCACUCGGUGAAUGGGACCUGAAGCAGUGAUGGCUGGAGGGGUAAGUCCCAGUCACUCGGUGGGCACUUCUAACCAUUCAUUGGUGAGCGUUUAGUUCGUGCCUCUCCCCCACAAACACAGUUCCAACACAGUUUAGACUCCAGAGGACACCUGGAGGGUACCUGGGCUUUGCUCGGGCGAGAGAGGGAACUCUCUGAUGGGUUCAUUUGUCUCCUGAAAGUUCUCAGUGAUGGGACUGGCGACAGGACACGAUGGAAACGCGUGAAAGGUUCGUUUUGUGUACACAAGAACAGCCCCUAAAAAGGGAAAUCGCUGUUUCCUGUCAUCAGUUCGUUCACUGCUGCCAAACACUGCAGGACUGAGCAGAGGUGAGGACAUGGACAGGAAUGGUCUGGAAUUACCCAAAGUUUGUCACCGCGAAGCGAUGGGUAAAUAUACAAUCAAGAGUGAGGGGAGCACAAACACUGCAGAUCUUUCUGAACCUGAGGAGAAACUGCAAACAUAUGAGAAUUGCACCAUGUUGAGAAACGAGAUGUACCACCCAUUCCCCGGAGGUGAAAAAGGUGUCGAUAUUAUCAAUAUCAAAGGAAUCGAAGACAUAGGAUAUCUCCACCGAGAAUCUAUUAUAUUGAACACCAUCUCUUCCGACCAGGACACUCAGUCACGGGACGGUUUGUACUUCCAGGAUGGGAAGCGACGCGUGGAUUACGUGCUGGUCUAUCAGUUCAAGAAGUCGAGCCGCAAAGGGGCGGGCUCCCGCAACCGGGAAUCAAUGAACAGCCGACGCCAGGAGCCAGACCCUGAGAUUGGUUUACAGCCAGUGGAUUUCCCCGAGGAUGACAGGAGGUUACGCAGGGAGGAGUACGAGCAUAACCUCCUCGAGACGGGAUUGGAACUGGAAAGCGACGAGGAGGCAAAUUGCUAUGGCCUGGGGUUUGUGAAGAUACAUGCACCAUGGCAUGUACUUUGCCGAGAGGCUGAAUUUCAGAAGCUUAGUAUGCCCACUAACAAGGUCUAUGAAGUAAAACAGAAGACCGGGAUCCUCAGCAAAAUCUCUAAUGUAAUGCACAAGAUUACGUCACCAUUUCGACCAAACUUGAAAGAACAGAACAAUGUGACAUUCAAGCAUCUUUCUUACCCAUUCUCUAGAGAGAAGCAACACUUAUUUGACGUCUCAGAUAAGGCUUCAUUUUUCACCAGCACAGCAAGAAGUACAAUUGUUUAUGAAAUAUUAAAGAGAACAACUUGUACCAAAGCCAAAUACAGCAUGGGUAUCACAAGUCUUCUUGCCAGUGGAAUUUACAGUGCAGCCUAUCCUCUGCACGAUGGUUCAUAUGAAGGGGAAUCCAUUGAGCCAAACGACAGGAAGCUUCUGUAUGAAGAGUGGGCGAGUUAUGGAAUGUUUUACAAAUACCAACCGCUUGAUCUCAUCAGGAAAUACUUUGGGGAGAAGAUUGGAUUGUACUUUGCUUGGCUUGGAGUGUACACACAACUGCUGAUUCCAGCUUCCACUGUGGGCGUCAUUGUGUUCCUGUACGGUUGUGCAACGGUCGAUGAGAAUAUUCCCAGUAUGGAGAUGUGUGACCAUCGAUCGAAUAUUACCAUGUGUCCACUCUGUGACCAAACCUGUAGCUACUGGAAGCUGAGUACGACCUGCGCCACAGCACGAGCCAGUCAUCUGUUCGACAAUCCUGCAACGGUUUUCUUUUCUAUUUUCAUGGCGUUGUGGGCUGCCAUGUUCUUGGAACACUGGAAAAGAUGCCAAAUGAGGCUAAAUUACAAAUGGGAUCUUACCGGAUUUGAAGAGGAGGAGGAGCGAUUAAAGGAUCAUCCACGGCCUGAAUACGAGGCCAAGAUUUUGAGUAAAGUUUUAAAGAAAGAAAGUAAGAAUAAAGAGAAGCAAUCGGAAUCUGCGGAAGAAGGCACAAACAAAUGGAGAAACAGAGUUUUGUCUGCCAUGGCUGGGGUGAAAUUGACUGAAAAGGAAAAACUGACUUGGAAGGACCGUAGCCCAGCCUACCUGACAAAUAUAGUCGGCAUUUUGUUCAUGAUUGGUCUGACUUUUGCGAUCGUCUUUGGCGUGAUCCUGUACAGAAUCUCCACCGCAGCCGCCAUGGCUGUCAGUUCGGACCCGUACACCAAAGAUAAUGUCCGGGUUAUCGUCACAGCAACUGCAGUCAUCAUCAAUCUGGUGGUCAUUCUGAUCCUCGAUGAGGUCUAUGGCUCCAUUGCCAGGUGGCUGACACAAAUCGAGGUUCCCAAAACAGACAAAAGUUUUGAAGAAAGACUAAUAUUCAAGGCUUUCCUACUGAAAUUCGUGAACGCCUACACACCAAUCUUUUAUGUUGCAUUUUUUAAAGGCAGGUUCACAGGUCGACCAGGGAAAUACAUGUACAUCUUUCGUUCCAUGAGAAUGGAAGAGUGUGCUCCUGGAGGCUGCCUGAUGGAACUAUGCAUUCAACUGAGCAUCAUCAUGUUGGGCAAGCAGCUGAUUCAAAACAACCUGUUUGAAAUAGGCAUUCCAAAGCUGAAGAAGUUAAUAAGAUAUCUGAAAUUAAAAAGAGAGGUCAAAUUGGAGCCGGAUAGCAACUAUAAGAAGCCCCAACAAUACGAAGCCGACUACAACUUGGAGCCAUUUGCUGGUUUAACUCCAGAAUACAUGGAAAUGAUUAUCCAGUUUGGAUUUGUGACCCUAUUUGUUGCCUCCUUCCCACUGGCUCCCCUCUUUGCACUGCUAAACAAUGUCAUCGAGAUUCGACUGGAUGCUAAGAAAUUUACCACUGAACUUCGAAGGCCGAAUGCAGCAAAAGCAAAGGAUAUCGGUAUCUGGUACAACAUUCUCCGAGGGAUUGGAAAGCUGGCAGUCAUCAUAAAUGCAUUUGUGAUCUCUUUCACUUCCGACUUCAUUCCACGCCUUGUGUUCAUGUACUUGUACAGUCCAGAUGGCACUCUGCAUGGGUUCACCAAUAAUACACUGUCCUACUUCAACGUCAGCCACUUCGAAGCUGGAUCAGAGCCACGUGAAGCCAUGGCACUUGGAUACAAGGUUGAGAUAUGCAGGUAUAAAGAUUACAGAGAACCUCCAUGGUCUCCUGAAGCAUAUGAUGUUUCAAAGGAAUUCUGGUCUGUUUUAGCAGCUAGGCUGGCUUUUGUCAUCAUCUUCCAGAACCUAGUUAUGUUUAUGAGUGACUUUGUGGACUGGUUGAUACCAGACAUUCCAAAGGAAAUCAGUGAACGCAUCUCUAAAGAAAAGUUAUUGAUGGUGGAUCUUUUCCUGAAAGAAGAGCAGACCAAACAGCAAAUAGUAGAAGCACUUUCUUCACAAGAAAAAGAGAGGACAGUAGAAAACUCAGACGAAGAGAGCCCCAAAGAAGACAUGUCCGACCUACCAGAAAACUACACGAAGAGCACAGAUUCUUCCAACUCACACCACGUAAACGCUGAGAAACAGCCAGUUUAGAACUGAUCUUUUAAAGUCACACAGGGUUUCUUUUUUUGGGGCAUUCCACAAUAUGGCAAGGAGUCACUUAAAGGAACAGCAAUACCAUUACUUGUAUUAAUAGCACCUUUGGUGUAUGGCUUGGGUUUGCUGUUCAUACUGCCAUUUUGAAAAAUCUUGAUGCAAGAAACACUUUCCUCACAAAUAAGCCGGACCAUGAAUUUGAUUGUAAAAAUUUGUAUUUUUACACUGAGUGAAAUACAGGGAAAGUUAUUGUUUUGUAUUCCAGGAAUGUUAUUUCAGAUAUUUUCCAUAUCCUAAAUAACAGUACAAGCAAAUUUAAUCAUUAACUUUGAAGAGUUGCAUAGUAAUGCUGCCAACGGUUUUCUUUCAGCUAUAUUUCUUUUGCCAAAAAUGUAAUAUGCUUUUAUAUUAUAAAUAUUUAUGGUUAAUUAGUAAUCAUCUGAGUCUACUCUUGUUUCUUAGCCAUUUAGGUCAAUUCUGAUUUAUUUUCUACACUGGGUAGUCUUCAGCUGAGUCAGAAUGGCACGACAGAGCAAGUAUCCCAUUGAUUUAAAACUAAAAGUGAUUUUAUAUUUCACCACAAAACUGCACAUGUUUUGGAAUAUAGAAUGUUUGGGAAAUUUGGUUUGAAGGGAAGUGAAUCUGGUGAAAGUAUAGCAUUUAUCAUAAUUUAGUUACAUAGAUAAUGUGAGGCAAUAAUCCAAGGAAUGUAUGAUACUUGCCUAUUUGAUUUGCUCUUCCAAACUGAUGCCUUUUAAAGCACGCAAAUUAAUUACAAAGUCUGGAAAUACUUUCUAUAGCAACAGUGCACUCUGAUCCCAAGUACUGAGCAUAAAACGGCUGCCUGAUGGUUUUGAUACUCGCCAAUGGCAUAGUGUGUGCCAGGUGAUUUUACAAACUUAUUUUGGACUGUAAUAAAAAGUGCCCAGAUCAACCAGAAGGUGAAUUCACUAACCAUCAGUAGAUAUUCUGAAAAUUAAACAUAAUAUAUCAUAAUAAUCGAUCCAUGCAUUUUACUUAGCACCUAUAACAUCAAAAUAUCUCGACGUGAUUCCCAGGUAAUUGCUCCCAAGUGUAGUGACUGUAUCUUUAGGCAAAUUAGCACAACAACCUAUUUGAAAUGAAGACCAAACUGCAUCCAAAGAAGUUUUUCAAUGCACAGCUUUUCUUUGCUGAACCACAAGAACGAGAGGGGACAAAUUUUACCUGGGUCUAAAUUAACCACAAAAAAACGGUUUCAAAGUUAACUCAAUCUGAACAAUUUGCCAAUUUCUAGACGCCCUAAAAUGCUAAGAAAUGGAGCAAUUCCAAUACAAUUUCACACCCCCGCCCCACCCCACCCCACACCCACUCCACCUCUUGUAAAGCAUUGCAUAAUCCCUUCAAACAUUAAUUUAUUGUCUGUUUCCAUUCCAACAUAUAGCCUGCCUCUUCAAACUUUUGCCAGAAUAAAAUACUAGCUGUAAAUUUUCUUUCUCAAGAGGAUCUAAUGAUGACUAAUCAGAUGGGAAGUCAUAACUCUAUUUGUUUAUGCUCUUGUUUUAAUUUUGUAUAAAAAGAUUGUAGUAUCAUUUGAAGUUGGUUGUAUUGACAAAGCUGCUGAAAUCCAGAAUUCUUAAAAAUCUAAUGUUGUAGCAGCACAAGGUGAUUUUUUUCAGAGUUUUUACAAACACAAUUACUGAUUAAAUGAAUAAUUAAUGCUUCUCCAAUGGCUCGGUGAGUUUAACCAGUGAGUAGUUGAACUGUACUGACGAGGAAGGACCCAGAUCUGUGCUGAGUUAAUUGAUCUAUCAGGGAGGCAGGCUGUGGAAAUCUACAAUACAAUGCAUUUACAAGGAAUUUCACAACUGAAAUCAUCGCCCUAGGCUAGGGAAAGAGGGGGAAAAAAUCAGCCAGGGUUCCUGUUCCCUGAUUACCAUUCAUUGACCCCCACUAGGGUGCACAUAUGUGUGAGGAUAAGUCUCAGCUAUCAUGUCCUCGUGUGAAUCAAAUUGCUUUCUGCCACUCACUGUCCAGGCUAGCACAUGAUUAAUGGUCACUUGAGCUGGAUGCUGCAGGGUGUGAGUGGGACCAGUGGUAGGAAAAAGGAGUCAAAAUACCUUCGAUCGGAGAGGAGAGGUGAGACAAUUUGGUGAGUUUUUUUAAAAAAAAAUUAUUAAUCGAUAUCAAUAUUAAAUUAGAAACAUUUAAGCAAUAAGUAUCUGAGUAUAUGAACUCCGUGUUUUCCACUUUCCUUUGGUUCUAAUCCAUUUACAAUGAGAGUUUUAGGGUAAAAACACCACUUUACCUAGAAAUAGUCAGUGUGUCUAUGUGCAGUGGAGAAUUGCCAUCCAUAACGUGUCACUCAGGGAGGGGGCCUUUCACCUCCAGGAGGGGAAAGUCUACCUGGGUCUAGAUUUAUUCCAUUUUCUUACCAUUUCAGAGCAACCAGAAUAGACGUUUAGUCUUAAUUUUGAAGCCAGUGUUCUGUAAAGAAAAACAGAAAAUUGACUUGAAAAUUGACAUUAUUUAAGAAUUUGCCACGUUCUGCACAGUCUAGAAUACAAUAUGUAUAUAAGUUGUGUGCAUGUGUGUACAUAUAUUUGUGCCUUCACGUCGGGAACAUGUCUCGAAAUGCUAAGAAUAAAAGAAUAAAUCUGGACCCAAGUGGAAUUUCUCCCUAAUUCAUUAUAAUUAGUUGCUUUAUGUAUUACACAAAUCUCUCAGUUCUUGGCUCAUGGUCUGUGUAUAAUGAAAAGAAUAUAUUUUAACAAAUUGUAAAUGUCUUUUGAAUUUUUAACAAAUUCACAUUUAAUUUCUUCCUUUUGGCCAUUUUGCCUGUUCCAUUCACUGAGAUUUUCUAAUCUACUUGUAGGUUAUUUUGCGUCUUUUUCCUUCAUUUCCAUUUUGUUUUCUUGUAAAAUGGCUGCUUUUCCCCUUCAUGAUUAACUUCUGUACCUAUAUAUAUAUAUACACACUAAAAAAAAAAAUGCGUAACAUAACA